UCCUUCCACGACACCCAGCCCGCAGCCUCCAAAAACUGGACUGGCCUGAGGCCUUUAGGACACUAGCAUGAGGACUGGGCCUUGCCUAGCCACGUCCAGCCAGGUUGAAGGAAGCUGAUGGCUGAGCGCAGGGUGCAGGCCAGAGCCAGGGCCGUCCAGCUCCGAGGAACCAGAGCAAAAGGGGAAGGAACAGGACCUCCAUGCCUGGGCCUCCAGGGCUGGCCGGACGGCGGGGGAGGAGAGGGACUCUGGACUUCAGCCUUCCUUUUCCUGGAGCGGGUGCCAGCCCCCUGCCCACGUCAGGGACAGAGCGACUCCUUCCCUUUCCAGCCUGGAAAGCCCCCUCCCUGCCCCCACUCCCACCCUGGGCUGUGGGACCUGGAAGAAGAGACCUGGAGACCCCAAGGGCAGGCCUCCCACCCCAGGUUCCUGCAGCUCUUCCCGGCCCGGCCAGAACCUGGGCCCCGCCGCCGGGGCUUCCACAGACACGGUUCCUUGGGAGGGGAAAGAAGGUGUGGCAGCCCCACAGCCCACGCCGGGGCCAGGCCCAGCCCGGCACCUGCCCACCAUGGGCAUGUGCUGGGGCCUUGUGUGGGCAGACACUCCUAGGACCCCUGGACGGAACCCCUCUCUGGGAACCUGGGUUCUGGGACAAAGGUGUCCUAGAGGCAGCAGGGGUGGGGUGGGGUGGAGUGGCCCAAUUAGAAGCAAAGAAUAGGACAGACCUCAGCCUCCUGGCAAACAGCUGAGUGCAGCACAUCUGCGGCAAGAGGGUCUGGGAGCCCACAGCGGAGCUGAACGGGCGAUGAAAGGACGGCGUUUCCAGGUGGGGCUGGGUGCAGGGGGGCAGCCGUGAUUUCGGGGCAUCCCCGUGCAGCCGCGGCUGUGAUUUGAGAACCUCCGGCUUCUCGAGUAAUUAAUCUGGGAGCUGCCAAUGCGUAAUGCCGGGGUAAGCCCCGCUCCAAGGCCUCGGGCUUUGGGGGGCCUGGCGGUAGCGGCUCUUCUCUCGGCCCUCUGGCUCCUGUGGCUGCUCAGAUCGGCCCCUGGGGGAGCUCCGGCGCCCCAGCCCACAAUCACCAUCCUCAUCUGGCACUGGCCCUUCGCCAGCCAGCCCCCAGAGCUGCCCAGCAAUACCUGCAGCAGCUACGGUGUGGCCCACUGCCGCCUGACCACCAACCGCAGCCUGUUGGCCAGCGCCCACGCCGUGGUCUUCCACCACCGAGAGCUGCAGACCCGGCAGGCCCGCCUGCCCCUGGCCGAGCGGCCGCAAGGGCAGCCCUGGGUGUGGGCCUCCAUGGAGUCGCCCAGCCACACCCGCGGCCUCGGCCGCCUCCGUGGGGUCUUCAACUGGGUGCUGAGCUACCGGCGUGACUCAGACAUCUUCGUGCCCUACGGCCGCCUGGAGCCCCGUGAGGGGCCUGCGCCGCCGCUGCCGGCCAAGAGCAGGGUGGCCGCCUGGGUGGUCAGCAACUUCCAGGAGCGGCAGCGGCGCGUGCAGCUGUACCGGCAGCUGGCGCCCCACCUGCAGGUGGACGUGUUCGGCCAUGCCAGCAAGCAGCCCCUGUGCGCCGACUGCCUGCUGCCCACCGUGGCCCGGUACCUCUUCUACCUGUCCUUCGAGAACUCCCAGCACCGAGACUACAUCACCGAGAAGUUCUGGCGCAAUGCGCUGCUGGCCGGCACGGUGCCCGUGGUCCUGGGCCCCUCGAGGGUCACCUACGAGGCCUUCGCCCCACCUGACGCCUUUGUGCACGUGGACGACUUCGGCUCGGCCCACGAGCUGGCCGCCUUCCUCGCUGGCAUGAACGAGAGCCGCUAUCGGCGCUACUUCUCCUGGCGAGACCGGCUCCGAGUGCGGCUGUUCGGCGACUGGCGGGAACGCUUCUGCGCCAUCUGCGCCCGCUACCCCCACCUGCCCCGUGGUCAGGCCUACCAGGACCUCGAGGGCUGGUUCCAGGCCUGAACUCUGCCGGCUGGAGGAGGCAGGGGAAGGUGGCUGGGAGCCGGAGGUGUGGGCGGAGGCCUGGGUGUUGAAAUCCAACCCCCCGGCAUCCGACCAACCCCCAUGGGCAACCCACAGGCUGACUUGGGGUCUGGGGAUGGAGGCCAGGAAGCAGGAGUAGCCUUGGCAGGCUGCCCGGAGGUGGAGGCGGGUGGGCACUGGAGCCACUAUUUGGGGGCAGAGGUGUGAGCAGGGAGGGAGCAAUGGGGGUGCACGUCGCUGGGGCCCAUCAGAGAUGAGAGGCUACGGAGGCCCUCCCUCCCCACCUUGAUCAUACCUUGGGCCGGUCAAGGCUGUCCUCCUGAGGUCUGUGGGGGCAAAACCUGGGCCCCCGACCUCUGUAGCCACGGUCCCCUCGUCCGGGAUGUGCAGGCUGGAGCCCCGCGUACAGACCUGUGUGGCCCGGACCCGAGACAGCCAACCAGCUUCUUGGGCUCUUGGCAGCCUGCAGUCAGUCCCCUCGGGGGAGGGGACACCAAUCAAUAAAGAAACAAAGGACACGGAUGGCAUGGCACGCGUCGAGUCUGCUUCCCGCUG